AGGAGGAGUGCACGAGUGAUAUUAAGAAACGAAUUGUUGCCGGUCGCUCUUCCGAGGAUCUCGGUAUUUUUACGGACGCGAUACCGCGCGGACACUGUUGAAUAUUACGAAUAGAUAAAUAGUGAAGAUAACUAUCACCGUUGUUAGCCGUUUGUUGUUGUUGUUGUUGUUGUUGUUGUUGACAUUAUUGUUAUCCACGUUAUUGCUAAUACGUCAGCUGCCCAUCCGCUCCCGCUGGAGUCGAUGAAUAGCGCGGCGGUGGUAGUGGUAGUAGUGGUGACGGAUUCGUGAGGGAUUCUCGCGCGCGCGGUCGCAAAGACACGUGUUCCUGCCAAAUCGUGUCGGUAAUUGACAGAAGGGGAAGAAGAUAUAGCGGAUUCGUGUAUAUACACGAGAAAAAGGAAAUAAACGCGCGGCAGGAAGUGGAGAGGAGAGGUGGCGCGUGUGCGAGGGUUUCGCGGGUGUGCGAGCUUGGCAAACAAACACAAGGAGUGUGCUGAAGCUCUCAAUUAAGUACACCACCCGCCGGGAAAGAGCGAUUGGAUUCUUUGUGUACUCAUCGAGAUUCACGAGAGAAUGGUAGUCGAGACCGGAAGAAAUGGGCACGAGCUGGCUCCUUUAAACGACCACCGCCAACCCGCCCACAACGUGACGAUCGUCACGACAGCGAGUCAAAAUGUUGCCGACGGCCAGGACACGAAGGAAGAGAACAGGGCGGCAUGGAGCGGGAAAAUGCAAUUCUUUCUCAGUAUUAUCGGAUACAGCGUCGGUCUGGGCAAUAUCUGGAGGUUUCCUUACCUGUGCCAACAGAAUGGAGGUGGUGCCUUCCUCAUUCCUUUUUUCGUGAUGCUCAUCUUGGAGGGUGUACCCCUCUUCCUGAUCGAGCUGGGUCUCGGACAACGUAUGCGGCAGGGUGCCCUGGGCGUUUGGAACACAAUACACCCUUGGCUAGGCGGUAUAGGGAUCGCGUCGUGUAUAGUGACGUUUUUCGUUGCGCUUUACUACAACGUAAUUAUUACCUGGUGUGUCUACUAUCUCUUCAACUCGCUCGAGGCUAUCACGAUCAAAUUUGGUGAAUCACUGCCGUGGGCAAAAUGCCCGGAAUUGGACGGAAAACCGGUUGAGGAAUGUACCAGGAGUUCGGAGACCGCAUAUUUUUGGUAUAGAACUACUUUGGACGCAGCACCGUCCAUUGAGGACGGCCAAGGUCUGAAAUGGUGGAUCGUACUUUGUCUUUUGUUCAGCUGGAUUGUCGUGUUCUUCAUUGUCAUGAAAGGAAUACAAUCGUCCGGCAAGGUGGUGUACUUUACGUCCAUGUUCCCGUAUCUCGUACUGACCAUCUUCUUCAUCCGCGGAAUAACGUUGAGGGGUGCGAGCGCCGGACUGGCGCACAUGUACACGCCAAAGGUCGAGAAACUGUUGGAGCCCACGGUCUGGCUUGACGCGGCGACCCAGGUCUUCUAUAGCUUCGGACUGGCGUUCGGUUCCCUGAUCGCGUUCGGCAGCUACAACACUCCUGACAACAACUGCGUGAGGGACGUGAUCCUGGUGAGCGUGUGCAACGCGUUUACUGCCAUUUACGCGAGCGUUGUCAUUUUCGCCAUUUUGGGGUUCAAGGCAAUGUCAAACGUGGACAAGUGCGUCGUCAGCGCAAGGGAUACUCUGAUAGAAAAUGGAAAAUGGAGUAAUUCCACCCCAUUCAACCUCGAGGACUAUGAACUCUUUAUGGGCGAUUUCAAUUCCUCGGCAAUGAACUUCACAAUGAAACCAUGCAGUCUCAGUAAGGAGUUGGACAACGCUGCCGAGGGCACUGGACUGGCAUUUAUCAUAUUUACCCAGGCGAUCGUGGAACUACCGGGGGCGCCAUUCUGGUCUUGCAUCUUCUUCAUGAUGCUUCUAGCUCUUGGAUUGGGCUCGCAAAUCGGUCUACUCGAGGGUAUGCUGUGCGUCAUCUUCGAUAUAGAUCUCUUCAAGAGAAUAAAAAAGCAAUAUAUGACAGGUGUUGUCUGUGUUGUAUGCUUCUUUGUGGGACUUAUCUUUUGUACUGGUGCUGGAGAGUAUUGGUUGAAAAUGUUCGACAGCUUUGCCGGUACCAUCGGUCUCGUCAUUGUCGCCCUGAUGGAAAUGAUCUCCGUUAUCUUCGUUUAUGGCCACGAAAAAUUUACGAAGGACAUCGAAGAGAUGACUGGAUAUAAACCGGGACCUUACUGGCAAUUUACGUGGCGAUUUCUCGCUCCCAUUAUAAUGGUUUGCAUCCUCCUAUUCAGCAUUGUCUCUAUGUUCAUCAAAAAACCGCAAUAUUCGGCAUGGAACGCGGCAUUGGCAAUACCUACGAAUUAUCCUGGCUGGGUGCUGGGCAUUGCCGUCGUUAUUAUCUUGGCUGGUAUUGCGCCGAUUCCUAUCGUUUUCCUUCUACGACGAUUCCAAUUAGUGAAACUCGAUGUUGACAUCCAUCAGGGCAGUAUUCGACGUAUAGACACCACCGUUUCCACGAAGGAAAUGAUGGGAGACGUUGACCUUGAUGAAUAUCAUGAUCGGCUCGAGGACUUCCCGGAAGAAGAUGAGGAUGUAAACAGUGAUGAUGAUACGAAUACCGCACCGACUAUGAGUAAAAUAGCUAACAAAGCGAUGAAGGGUAGGGCUUUCAAAAUGGAAGUCAUGAACUUUUAAGAAUGCAUAAUCGGUGAAACUUCUUCCAUUUGUUUGUGAGUUGUACGAGAUUAGAUAUUAACAAUGAUUAUACAUAUAUAAAGAUUAAUUUAUUAAAUCAUAAUCUAUAUUUGGAAUAUUUAUUCUA